AUGUGUCCGACUUUGAGAACAAUAAUGAUGCUAGAGGGACAGAGCUGAGUCACCGCCAUGACAAUCUCUCCACAGUGACCAACGCCAUCGCCGGGAUCAGCCCCUCUUCCUCCCUGUCGGCCUUGUCCAGCCGUGCUGCCUCUGUCGCCAGCCUCCAUGAGCGCAUCAUGUUUGCUCCGGGCAGCGAAGAGGCAAUCGAAAGGCUCAAGGAAACGGAGAAGAUUAUCGCAGAGCUGAAUGAGACAUGGGAGGAGAAGCUACGGAGGACAGAAGCAAUCCGGAUGGAGAGGGAAGCAUUGCUGGCUGAAAUGGGGGUGGCCAUGAGGGAGGACGGAGGCACCUUGGGUGUUUUCUCUCCUAAAAAGACGCCUCACUUGGUCAACCUGAAUGAGGACCCGCUCAUGUCCGAGUGCCUUCUCUACUACAUCAAGGACGGGAUAACAAGGGUUGGCCGGGAAGAUGCAGAGAAGAGGCAGGACAUCGUUCUCAGCGGGCACUUCAUUAAGGAAGAGCACUGCCUUUUCCGCAGCGACACCAAAACCGGUGGUGAAGUAAUAGUGACCCUGGAGCCCUGUGAAGGUGCUGACACCUAUGUGAACGGCAAAAAGGUGACGGAGCCCAGUGUCCUGCGCUCAGGAAACCGCAUCAUCAUGGGGAAGAGCCAUGUCUUCCGCUUCAACCACCCUGAGCAGGCGCGGCAGGAGCGGGAGCGGACCCCCUGCGCCGAGACCCCUGCAGAGCCUGUGGACUGGGCUUUCGCCCAAAGAGAGCUGCUGGAGAAGCAGGGCAUCGACAUGAAGCAGGAGAUGGAGCAGCGGCUCCAGGAACUGGAGGACCAGUACCGGAGGGAGCGGGAGGAGGCAAAUUACCUUCUUGAGCAGCAGAGGCUGGACUAUGAGAGCAAACUGGAGGCUUUGCAGAAGCAGAUGGACUCUAGGUAUUACCCUGAGGCAAACGAGGAAGAGGAAGAACCUGAGGAUGAAGUGCAGUGGACAGAGCGGGAGUUUGAGCUGGCCCUCUGGGCCUUUAGGAAGUGGAAGUGGUACCAGUUCACCUCCCUGCGUGACCUGCUCUGGGGCAAUGCCAUCUUCCUCAAGGAAGCCAACGCCAUCAGUGUGGAGCUGAAGAAGAAGCCUCCCGAUGCCGCCAAGGACCGGGAGAAGCGGCCAUUCCCCCGGACCAUCGUGGCUGUAGAGGUGCAGGACCAGAAGAACGGGGCGACACAUUACUGGACCCUGGAGAAGCUGAGGCAGCGGCUGGACCUGAUGCGUGAAAUGUACGACCGUGCAGCUGAAGUGCCUUCUAGCAUCAUCGAGGACUGCGACAAUGUGGUGACCGGCGGAGAUCCUUUCUACGACCGCUUUCCCUGGUUCAGGCUGGUCGGCAG